UAAUAGGCGUCGUUAACCGUGCUGGGAAGAAAAUAGCAAAGAUAUGCAUAGUUUUAUUUGAAAUUAAACAGAAAAGUGAAUUAUCUACAAUAUGGCAAAUAAUGAACGUGAUAAAAUUUUUAAAUCAUGGUCUGGAAUUAGUGAAGUCGCUCUUAUUAAGGAGGUGGCUACAAAGGGAGAACAUAUUCAAUUAUGCAUACAAUAUUGGGCUCGAAAACGAAAAAUGUCUGUGACAGAGUAUGAGCUGUUCUUCCAUGAUGUUGUACAAACCUACGUGAAUCGUUUGUUAACAGAACGUUUGGUGUGUAAGGCCGAAAAUGUCCUACGCAAUGUACAACGAGAUGUUAAAUGUUUUUACUAUCAGUUUGCAUGUGAAUCCAAUGAUCCGGAAUUACGAGAACUAAUAAUGGAGCAUUUGAUUAAAAAAGAGCCCUGCGAUGACUACGAACAUCAUAUGCAAAAUUUAAAAUUUCAUUGGGAGCUGCUGCAGCAAAUAAAAAAAUCCGAAACCAUCAUGGCAAACAUAAAAAAACAUAUGAGACGUGUGAAUUUGGAAUCUUUAAUGGCCUUGGAUUCUGCUACUCAGCAAAGACUUAUGAUAGAGUUAUAUUUUGAGACACAUAAUCAAGUUCUUCUACAACAUAUUAACAAAUUUGUUAUGUGGGAUUAUUUAAUUGAUACCAAACAAAUCGAAGAAAUCAUACGAUGGUGUAGAAUUCAGCAUACCUCAAAGGACCACAAACCAUGUAUUGCAGGUCUUUCCGAAUUAGAAUCGAAGUACUUUCAAUGGACUCUUGAAAGUGAAAUGUAUAAAUACGCAUUACGUUCUCUGCAAGAUAACAGCGACAGUGUCCUACGAAAUUAUUUCGCUUCAGCUGGGUAUUUCUUCGAAGACGAAAUACAUUCUGUACCAGCUGUGUUGCAACGAAUCUGUCUCACAGAAAGUUUUGACCAAAAUAACGAUAAUAUAAAGGGUUUGCCAUUGGCACGUUUUAUGUUUGAUCAUAAGUUUUACUAUUUGCUAUUAUACGACUUUGUGGGAACACGUCAACUCGAAGAGCUGUCUGAACUGUUAAGCGAACACAGACCUCUUUUAAAAUUUUUAGUUGUAUUGAAAACUAAUUCUUUUCAGGAUCUAGAAGGUUUCAAGGAGAUAAGCUUUUAUGCGACAAAAUAUUUGGAGAGCGUUGGCGUAGAUUUUGAACAAGAGCAAGCACUGGCAACACUUUUUGAGUUUCUUACCACAGAGCCAUCCAUGUCGAAUUUACAAUGUUCCGCCACUUCAGGCACACUCAAGACUCUGACCUAUCUUAAGAUUAUUCAUCACCAGCAACAAAAUGAAACAACAAAUACAAUUGAACAUGGCCUGCCAAAUGUUUAUGAUCUAUUGAAAACCUUUAAGGAACUGGAUUUUAAACGCUUAACAAAGGAUGCAAACGUAUAUGGAAAAUGUUCUAGAUUUUCGGAACAACCAAAACAAGAUGGUAAAACCAUACUACAGUACACAUUUCGCUUAAACUUUUUACACUACAUCAAACAGUCGCGUUGUGCGUAUGCUGUUUACCUGAUGCUAUUGGAACAAUUGCAAAACUAUGCCCAAAUUACGGAGACCCACUUAUUCAGCGCAUGUGAAUGUGUCUACGACAUGGCACUGCAAUCAUCCUCAACGGAUACAGAAGUUAUUACGCACAGCAUAGCAUUUUGUGAAAUGCUGGGUUUUGAUACGCAACAAUUGCGUUGCUUUCUAAAACUAAAGAAAUAUCUAACAAACGGUGUGGAUAGCCAGCAUUCUCAAAAUAUAGUUUCUAUACUGCAAAAAUCUGAGCGUAUUUUAAUCCAACGUUUAGAAAACGAAUGUAUAUUUCCUUUAAAUGAAUAUACUGCCAUAAUGUAUAUUAAUGGUAUAGCAAGAAGCGUUAAUAAUACCAGCAAUGAUCACGUCUCCCUUGUAAUGCAGCACUAUGCCACACUUAAUGAUUACUGGCGGCUGUUAGUGCUAUUGCAAUAUUUUGAAAUAUCUUUAGAUCAAAUCAAGAAUUUGGUAAAAUAUUUCACCAUACUUCCAAUGGGAGAUCAUCUGCUACGAGCAUUGGCAUUUGCAACACAAAUAAACGAGCGUAGUACAGGGCUUAAACGUCGCACAAGUCUAACCCGGCGUCAACUAAAACAAAAUAAGCAACGUAGAAAGGAAAAUAAAACAGCUGUUACUACCACCUCCAUGGAAACCAUGACAUCGUCGUUUGCUUCUUGCCAUGAAUCAUCGGGUAUUGCCAAUGAUCUGGAACCGAACAAUGAUCGAUUUGUGGCGGAUUGUAUAAAUGGUGGCCCCGAUCUGUUUGCUCUGAUUAUACUGUAUACAAAUGCUACCAAAGGCAAUGACAUUGAAAAAAUAGACGACCUCAAUAAGUUCCUCGAAUGUAUGCAACAAAAACAAAAUCGUGCAACCACGUCAACUGUUGUCAACUAUUUAAGGACAGCUGUUGAACAACAUUUGCCCAUAAUGGCUGUUUUAGCAGCCUCAAUAAAUGGCAAAGAUGACUGUAAUCUAGAUUGGUGCUGGCUGGUGUGGUUAUCCGUGACUACGAACCAAUGGAGUAAUGUUUUAAGAUUGGCCGUUGGCAUUAAUAUACACUCAUUUCCCUGGAAUCUUAUAGAAAACUUAGUAAGACAGUGUCAAAUUAAAUCGUUGGUGCGAAGCUUUUCUAUAUUUUAUCCUCAUAACGCCUUGCUACAUCUAUUCAAUUUUCUGGAACUAACUUUACAAAGCGAAUUUGGUGACAAAGCCGUCCACGAGUUACAUCUGUAUGCUUUGGCUUGGAGUAAUGAUGAUGUACGUUUACCACUGAAUCCCUGGUCAAAGCGUGAAAAACUUAUGAAACGAACAAUAUGGCUUCUUCUAUCACAUUUGAAAAAUAAUUUUGAAUCAAUUACUGAUCAAAUGAAAUUCCUUACCUGUGUCUGCCAAUCUGGGCUGAGUGAUAUAACGGCACAGCUGGACUUUUGUUUGUUAAGAGGAUUUUGUGAAAUUCUGCAAUUGGCUGGCAAUGGAGCCACGCAAAGAUUUCCCCUGAACUUUAUAGAGCUGAUACAGAACGAGUCGGGCGAGAACAAGGAGUAUGAACGAAUUUUAAACUGUGUUUUGGCAGCCAAAGAAUAUGACAUUGCUGUACGUUUGGCCUCACUUUUACACAAGCCUAUCAGUGAUAUUGUCUAUAGCAAAUGGGUAAACUCUUUAGAACUUCAAUUGGCUUUGCCCACAGUGGAGAAUUUUGAUAACUAUAAGUUUCCCUUUGAGCAGUACGAACAAGAGGUUUCUACGCACUCCUUGCCGCCAGAGACCCUUGUGAACUUUCUAUUGUACGCCUCCUCCCGUUUGCCCUCGAAAUCUUUCCGAUCUCGCUUCUAUGUGCUACAAAAAGCACUAAAUGUUAUAAAGCAUCAUCACUUGUUUCCGAACGAAUCAUUUGAUCGCGAUCAAAUUGAAUAUGACAUGAUAAUAAACUAUCUUCUGCUAGAAGAUGAAGAUGUGUCCACCCUCACAUUGUAUCAUUCCGAAUAUUACGAAGAAAUAAUGUUAUCUGAAAGAUGUGUGCUCUACAAAUCAUUUCUUGAACUUAAGGAGUUGGCUGGCAUAGAAGAUUUGAAUAUAAGCAGCAAAAUCGAUUUAGAUGAAAGACAGAAAAGUAAGUUGGAAUCUUUAUUGCAUCAUUUGCUGGAUGAUGGCGAUAUUGUUGAAGCUUUACGGUUGCAAGAACUCUUUGAUGUGCGACCCUUGGACUUGCGUUUUGUGGUAUUUUGUAUGGCUUUGGCGGAAUCUAUGUCCAACAUAUACGCAAUGUCGGCAGAUGAACGUCAGCUGUUAGCUGAGAUUGAACGUUCCUCGUUUUCCAAAUUUACUAAACGCACACUUUGCGCCACAACCGGUGGUAGUGGUAGUUAUUUAUCGGACAGCAGUUCAACCUUAGAAUUCGAAGAAAUACCCUCGAAAGAAAAACAAGAAACUUUGGCCAUACUUCAAGGCAUUGCUUCGAAAUUAAAGUUUGGUGUCACCAUUGCCAAACGAGUUAUCUGUUGUUAUCGUGCUGCCAUGUACUUAGACAAAGAGUAUUUAGAUGUUUUACGCACAAAAGAUGUGCAGAUAUUGUUGCAGAGUAUAGCAGAAGAGAUUUGUUUGCAUCGUCUUUUGGUAGUGAGUGACAUAUUGACGUCAACUCAUAUGGAACCACAAGAAAUUGCCGAGCUAUUGGCCUUUGAAAUCACCACCGCCGUUGUACGACCACGUUUCUACAUUUUCAGUCCUGACCAACAGGCUAAACAUAUGUUUCGUAACGCAGAUCUCUGGGGUUAUAACAUUGAUAGGGAUUUACAUUUAUUCCUGGAACUAACGCCCGAUCGUACUAAGCUAGGCGCAUGCCUGUUAGAGUAUUGUGAUGCUCUAAAGCUGUAUCGUAAAUAUCAGGAUAACAAGCCAUACGAACAAAAUAUAUACUUUGAACGUUUAGCCGAAAUUAUAGCACAAUAUGGCCAACCAAAUAACAGCAGCACUGGAAAUGCCAAUAAUAAUUUAAAUAAUAAUGAUGCAAAUCAAGCGGCGCGACCUCUACAAGUUCUAUCACAUAAAAAACAAAACAUUAUUUAUGUUGAACUUUUGAUCAAAGCCCAUCAGGCUUUUGUACACGAGUGCUCCAUGGAGGGCAUAGCAAAUGUACUAAAUCGAGCCAAAGUUUUAAACUCAAUACUUGCCCAAGCCAAAUCUUGGUCCUUAAUAGUGCGAAUGCUAAUAGGCAUUGGACGCUAUCGCGAAAUGUUCUUUUGUUUUGAUACCCUAAUUGAAAAUGAACAAUUUGAAUCUUUGCUGGGACAAUUUGAUAUCGAGAAGACUAUAGGAUUGAGACAAGCCAUUUUAGCUUAUCUACGCGAAUAUUGUGCUCCCCAGCAGGGAAAGGAACUUUUCAAGCUAGCUGCUCUAAAUUUUUUGAUGUACAAAGACUUGGCUGAAUUAUGGGAACAGGAUGCCGCAGAAAUACUAAAUAAAGUAUAUAAUACUUUUCACUUGCCUGACGAUACUGAUGGCAAAUUAUCGAAACUAAAAUGUAGUGCAGAAAUGGUUAAUCAACUCAAUCUUUCGCUGGAGUAUUAUGUACAUGCUACCGAAAACUAUUUACUGGACAAUAAACUAUUGCUGGCCCAGAAAAGUGCAUCGCUAGCUGAACUAACAGCCAUGCAAAUUGAUUUAGCUAGUACAGCAUUAGAAAAACCAGCUACAUCAAGUGGUCUGCAUCUAUGUAUCUGUGUGAUAAAUGUUAAAACGAGGGAACAGUUUAAAAUUUUAGUCAACAACGAAUUAAGCGUAUCUCAAACAUUAAUACUAAGUAGAGCGUAUGGAUACGACAUCAACUGGUCUGAAGCUAUUAUAUAUCAAUAUGUUAUUAAGUUGAAACGUUCAUAUAUGAACGAUUUCUUGCAACAGGUGGAUAUUACAGAUGAUAUUAUUGAAAAUGCAAUAAAAUGUUUUCAACUUCAAUGUAAUCAAAAUACAAUAAGCAAAGAAAUGGAAGAACAUAUAAGUGAACUUGUUAAUCUGGUGCAAUCAGUUACACUCAAGUAUAAGUUGGCGUCUCUAUUGACCCUGAAAACGACAAUAUUAUCGUUAAUUAAUGAUCAAACAAUCCACUAUCUAAGAGAUAUGAAAUUUGGUCGCAGAGAAGAAAAUCGAAAUGCCUAAACAUUUAAAAUUUUAUCAAAAUAAUAAUUAAAAUAUACUUUAUUAUCAAAUAGAAAGUGAAUUUGCUGCAAUUACCUAAUGGGUUAUAUUUAUUUAGUUUAUAAUAAUAAAAUAUUUAGAAAUAGAUUAAUUAUUUACAAGUUUGUUAUACGUAUUAAAAUUAUAAAAAUAUACUACUACUUUUUAUUAAAAAAAAAA